ACAACGCCCGAAAGCGUCAGGAGGGCAUCGUCAGCCCGUCUCAGCUUCUCUUCACUGAGCACGCUCCGGUGCAGCCCGCCGACGGCCCGCCGCCGCUCCGGCUCCGGAGCAUCGUGGACCUCAGCCCCUUCACCGUCACCGACCACACGCCCAUGGACAUCACGGUGGACAUCUUCAGGAAGCUGGGGCUGCGACAGUGUCUGGUCACACAUAACGGGAGGCUGCUGGGAAUCAUCACUAAGAAAGACAUCUUGAAACACAUGGCGCAGAUCGCCAACAGAGACCCUGACUCCAUCCUCUUCAACUGAACUCCUUCCUCCUCCUCCACCGUCUCACCCCUGUAGACCAGGGGGAACAGAAGCCACCAGCUAGAGAGAAAUGCACCUUUACCUCGUCAGCUUUAAGAAGGCAGGUCAGAGAAAGCCAAGUAAGUCCUGCACCAUUUGCACAGGCGUGAGAGAACAAUGGAUCUUUCUUUUUCUUAAUUUUUUUUUUGGCUUUCUGAAAGAAAAGCAAUCUCAGAAACAAUGACUCAUCCUUACUGACGCUGCUGGCCCCGGUUUCAACUUGGAUCCAGGAGGAUAUAGGCCAGAUCCACAUGAGAAAUACGUGAAUUCUUUCACAUCUGCUCCUUUUUCCAGCCUCCUUUCUUUCUCUCUUUAAAAAAAACAAAUGGAGAAAUCUCGAACGCUAAAAAGCAAAAAAUCUUCCCUUGCUUUUUUUUUUGUAAACCUAAGAGAAAAACAUUUUAAAAAGAGGUUUGAAAAGAUAAUUGUGUGUCAUAGACACUGACAAGAGAAGAGGAGAAAUAGUGAGAUUAUCAGGUAAGAUUAAGAGAUGUUUUGGAGGGGGGGUGGGGCUCCAUGACUGCCUGCCCUCCGGCCUUCCCAGCGAGCCCAGACAGAGCACUCCGAGCUGGGCUGAUGGAUGCUCAGCCGCCCUCUCAUCCUCUUCCCUCCCUCCUAUGAGAGCUGUCCUGGAGCCUUGGGGGAGGGGUGGGGGGGGGUACAGGAGUGUGAGAAGAAGAGCCUCUGAAACACACACUUUACACUCCAUAAAGACUCCCCGACAGCCUGGGAACUUUCUACAAAUGUCUUCUCUAUUUUUUUUUUGAGCUUGGGAACUAUGCAGUAUUUCCUUGCCCAUCUCUUGAGUGGCGACCACACGGUUAUAUUCUCAUACAAGUAUCAUGAAAACAUCACAUCAAUGCUGCAAUAACCAUGUCAUGCCUUACAGAAGAUGUUUCUGCAUAAACAACAAGAAUCAUGACAUAUAAGUUAAAUUAUGUAAAUGUAAAAAUUGUUUGUCCCACUAAAUUAUUUCACAGACUUGAA